UCUCUCAAGUGGUGGCAUUUGGUCAACGGCGACGAGUUGUAUCUUAUCACGUUAUCUGCCAGAGAGAAUUAGCAUCUACCCACUGACCAUGGCUCAACCAACACUCAAGCACGUUGGCAACUUCGACCCCUCGACAGACGCGGCGAUGCUGAGGAAGGCCAUGAAGGGCCUCGGCACCGACGAAGCCUCCAUCAUCAACAUCCUCGCCAACAGGACCAGCGACCAGCGCCAGAAAAUAAGCUCGGCGUUCAAACAGGAAUAUGGCAAGGACCUGGCCAAGGAACUUAAGAAGGAACUGAGUGGGCACUUCGAGCGCGUGGUGCUGGCCUUGUUGGUACCAACGACCGAGCUGCUCGCCGACCACGUACACGAGGCCUUCAAGGGCGUGGGCACCAACGAGGACACCUUGGUCGAGAUCCUCUGCACCCGCAACAACAAGGAGAUCAAAGAACUGAAAUCUGUUUACGAGCACAAGUUCGACAAGUCGCUACAGAAGAGCCUCGAGAAGGAGACCUCAGGUCAUUUCCGCAGUCUGCUCAUUGCCAUGACUUCUGGCGAGAGAGACGAAGGAAACAUCGACCUGGAGCUGGCGCCUAAGCUGGCAGAGCGACUCUACCAAGCUGGUGAAGGUAGGGACGGCACGGACGAGGCUGAGUUCAUCAGGAUCUUGUCAAGCUACUCCUACCCGCUGCUGCUGGCUGUCUUCCUGGCAUACAAGAAAACUUACGACAAGUCUCUGACCGACGCAAUCAAGAGCGAGUUCGUAGGUAACCUGCAGAACGGCCUCCUAGCGGUUGUCUCGAGCAUCAAGAACCGUCCCAAGUUCUACGCCAAGUGCCUGCACGAUGCCAUGGAAGGAAUUGGGACUAAGGACGACGCACUCAUCAGGCUGGUCGUGACGCGCGCAGAGAUCGACUUAGGUACCAUCAAGCACGAGUACGAGAAGAAGUACGGAAAGAGCCUAGAAAGCCGCAUCAAGAGCGACACUACUGGAGACUACGAGAAGAUGCUCGUCGCUCUAGUUGAUGGUUGAGAUUUGAGCUACGCUGCAAUGGAAGUUGCUGGGAGGUUCAAAUUGGGUUGAAAAGUUGAUGUAAGGAGGGUUGUGAGAAAGUUACGAGGUGAAUGGUGAGGACAGGAGAGGUUCGAUAAAGGUUGGAGGAAAGUUAAAAAGAAGCUUAAAUGUUGUGAACAGCAUGUAGAAAAUACCUAGAUCGAAAAAUAUUUAGCAUCCAUUUAAAGGUUGGCAAAUUAUCUCUAUUGCAGAACGUAUUUCAAAAUUCUGCUAUUUAACAGCUAUUUCAGGAUAUUCUAAAUCUGCCAAUUCUAGAUAACUUUUUUUCCACAUCCGUUAAGAGACUACUGUAAUGCAUCUUCAUAUGUUUUAAAUAUUUAUCUUGUUUCUCCACACGUUUCGUUGGUUCACACUAAAUAUUUCCUGAAUAGAAUUUUCAUAUUUUUCAAGUUUAGAUGCCCACAAAAUUUCUACAGGUUGCCGCUGUAAACUUUAACUGCCCGAUCGUUAACACCAUUAACAAUCUCUAAAUUUCGUUUCGCAAUAAUUGUUCUUUGUCCUCCAACAUUGAAAUUUAGAAAAUGGGUAAAAACAGAUUAAAAAAUUUAUCUUGUUCUAAAGAUUUUUGUGAUGAUUGAUUCCACAACAAUAUUUUCUAUUAUUGUAAACAUAAUUAGAACGGGUUUUUAUUUUUCUAACCAGGAGUUUUCUUUGUCAAUGUAACUGCUGUAACUUGAUUGAAAGAAAAUUAGUGUCAU